CGAAACCCCGCCCCUUCCGGCGCAGCGCCCGCCCCCGCGCCGCCGCCAGUCGCAGCCCGGCCCGGCGGUAAGAUGGCGGCGGUGGCCGAGUGCGAUGUGAUCAUGGCGGCGCCCGAGGGACCCGGCGAGCCCGAGAGCGAGGAGGAGACCCGCAGAGAAGCAGAGUCAUUCAAGGAGCAAGGAAACGCGUACUACGCCAAGAAGGAUUACAACGAAGCAUACAACUAUUACACGAAAGCCAUAGAUACCUGUCCUAAUAAUGCCAGUUAUUAUGGUAACAGAGCUGCCACACUCAUGAUGCUGGGGCGAUUCCGAGAAGCACUGGGAGAUGCUCAGCAGUCUGUCAGACUGGAUGAUAGCUUUGUAAGGGGCCAUCUACGGGAAGGGAAGUGCCAUCUUUCCCUAGGGAAUGCCAUGGCUGCCAGCCGCUGCUUUCAACGAGUUUUAGAACUGGAUCAUAAGAAUUCCCAGGCGCAGCAGGAGCUGAAGAAUGCCACUACUGUGCUGGAGUAUGAGAAAAUAGCUGAGGUGGACUUUGAGAAACGGGAUUUCAGGAAGGUUGUGUUCUGCAUGGAUCGUGCUUUGGAGUUUGCUCCUGCUUGUCACCGGUUCAAAAUCCUCAAGGCUGAGUGUUUAGCAUUACUGGGUCGCUACCCAGAGGCACAGUCUGUAGCAAGUGACAUCUUACGGAUGGACUCGACGAACGCGGACGCUCUCUAUGUGCGGGGCCUGUGCCUGUAUUAUGAGGACUGUAUUGAGAAGGCAGUGCAGUUCUUUGUCCAGGCUCUCCGAAUGGCUCCUGACCACGAGAAAGCAUGUCUUGCCUGCCGUAAUGCCAAAGCACUUAAAGCGAAGAAAGAAGAUGGGAAUAAAGCAUUCAAAGAUGGAAACUACAAACUAGCAUAUGAACUGUACACAGAGGCACUAGGGAUAGACCCCAACAAUAUAAAAACCAAUGCCAAACUGUACUGCAACCGGGGGACGGUUAAUUCAAAGCUUAGGAAACUUGAAGAAGCAAUAGAUGACUGCACGAAUGCAGUGAAACUGGAUGACACGUAUAUCAAAGCAUACUUGAGGAGAGCACAAUGUUACAUGGACACAGAACAAUACGAAGAUGCUGUAAGAGACUAUGAAAAGGUUUAUCAGACAGAAAAAACAAAAGAACACAAGCAGCUUCUAAAGAACGCACAGGUGGAACUGAAGAAGAGCAAACGGAAAGACUACUACAAAAUCCUUGGGGUGGACAAAAAUGCUUCUGAGGAUGAGAUCAAGAAGGCUUACAGGAAAAGAGCACUAAUGCAUCAUCCAGACCGGCACAGUGGGGCAAGUGCAGAAGUACAGAAGGAAGAGGAGAAGAAAUUUAAGGAGGUUGGAGAAGCCUUUACCAUCCUGUCAGAUCCCAAGAAGAAGGCUCGCUAUGACAGCGGCCAGGAUCUAGAAGAGGAUGGAUUGAACAUGGGAGACUUUGAUGCAAAUAACAUCUUCAAGGCCUUCUUCGGUGGGCCAGGUGGCUUCAGUUUUGAAGCUUCUGGGCCUGGAAAUUUCUUUUUCCAAUUUGGCUAAAAAACCGCCCCCAAACCAAACCACACAUACCUGAUCUGCUUCUUUUACCCUUGAACACGGACAUACUUAGACUCCUUUCCUUCAUCAUGUCUCAUUGUACUUAGAGCAGUUUCAUUUUCUCGGUUGGAGACCUCUGUUUUGUGUGCUUUUGUGUGAAGAGGAAACCAGCUCGGGGAGGGGAAGGCUUGUGACUUGUUUUACUGUUAACUUUAUUAAAAAAGAGAAAGAAAAAUAAAGCUUUGAAUCUCUUGGUCCCUCCA